UUACUAAAAUUAAACCUCAAGGCACCGUCUCUUCAUCAAAUUAAAAGACGACGACUGAGACUGAGAUUAGGGUUUCACGCAAAGCCCUGCCAAGUUCACUGGGUCGAACCGAUUUCCUCUGAAUCCGUGGAAAGAAUUGCAGAGAGAGACUUCUUGUUUGAAACUUUAGGAAAUGGAGUUCUGCCCGAGUUGUGCAAAUAUGCUGCAGUAUGAGCUGCCGAACAUGCACGAUGCAAGAUUCUUCUGUCCAACUUGCCCCUAUGUGGCAUACGUCGAUAGGAAGGUUAAGAUCAAGAGAAGGCAACAUCUAGUUAAAAAAGAAAUCCAACCCAUCUUUACCCUGGAUGACUAUAAGAAUGCACCCAAAAUUGAAGAACCAUGCCCAAGAUGUGGAUUUCCUGAGGCAGCUUACAGGACACAGCAAACGCGAUCUGCUGAUGAAGCAGAAACAAGAUUUUUCAGGUGUAUGAACAACAACUGCGGACACACUUGGGUUGAUUACUCUUAGAAGGAGAUCUUUGUGUUCGUAGAGUUGUGAUCCGUUUUACUUGCUCCAGUUUUGAGUUUUGGCAAAACUGUGAGGUGACAUUGUGGAUUGCCUCAACAAAGGGAAAUAAUACUUAAUUAUUCAUA